AUGGUUGCUGUAGCUUUUGUUAAAGGGUUAACAGUUUGUCAAAUGAUUGAAACGUACUAUAAUAUAUUAUUUAAUGCGGAAUGUCAAAAACAACGUUAUGAAAAAGGAGAAGACGCUAUUGAGAAAAUUGUUCUAUUAUUUAUUUCUUUAAAGAGCAUAAUUCAAAGUAAUAUCAUUAUAACUUUAGAAGAAUCAUUUAAAACAAUAAUAAAACCGUCAUUACCACAACAACCUCUUAUUGUAUCAACAAAAUGUUUAAUUAGUAUUACUGAUGAUUUUAUUAAAAAUAUUAAUGAUAUUUUAAAAGAAUCACUUAAAUUAUCAUUAACUGAUAAAUGGAAUAUUAAUUCUGUAGUUAAAGCAAUUCAUUCAUUAAGUGAAUUUGAGAAUUCAGAACAUUUUGAAAUAGUUAAAACAUCACAAUUAUUUAAAGAAUAUGGAGAUACAAAAUCAAAAUUAAUUUCAAAAUAUAUGAAAGUUGAAGAAGAACAUCUUGAAUUUAUCAUUACAUCGAUAUCACAACAUUUAAGUGAAAUUAAUUAUCUUCAACAAAUAGAUGAAUUUUUUUUCUCGGUUUCAAGUAUUUUAAAUAAUGGACUUCUUUCAAACAAUUCAAUGAUUAUUCAAACGUUUAUUCAUAGUUGUGAAAUUUAUAUAUCUUCAUUUUAUAUUACUCUUAAAAAAAUUAAUUUAGAAUCAAUUCAACAAAUAAAUUCAUUAGUUCAAUUUAAUAAUAAUUUAAGUCUUAUCAUAACUACAACAGCUCAAUCAAUUCAAUUAAUCAAUGAAAGAUAUCAUUUAAAUUUAUCUUAUGAACUUCUUGGAUAUCAUAAAAAUCUUGAACAAUCUUCAUCAUUAUUACAUGAAACAAUAAAAAAAUAUAUUUUAACAUUCAAUGACUUAUUUAAACAACCUCUUAAAAGUGUUGAAGAAAUUAAUUAUAAAGUUGAACCUACUGAUGAUCUUACAAAAAAUAUUUAUUCAAUGGAAUUAUUUAUUCAAAAGAUUAAAGAAAUUGUAGACACAAAAAUUGAUGGACUAGAAAAACAAACACAAAAAAAUAUUGUUAGUGGAUGUACAGAUUAUAUAGUCAAACAACUUGAAUUUCUUGUAAGAAAAAAAACAUUUACUCAAUUUGGAGCUUGUGAAUUUAUGAAAGAUUUACAACAAAUUCAAAGUCUCUUUAAAAGUUAUGGAGUUCCACUUCAAUGUUUUGAAAAAUUAAAACAAACAUCUACAGUAUUAUGUCUUGAUCAAAUUGAAGAUAUUACUAAAUAUUGUUCUGUUAAAGGAUGGAAACUCUCGUCUUUAGAAAUAAAACUUAUAAUGACUUUACGUGUUGAUUUUAGUAAACAAAAAAUUCGUUCUCUACAAUUAUAG